UUCACCAUCUCCGCGAACAGCCCCGACACGUCCGCGCCCUGCGUCAUGAGCCUGCGGCGGAGACAGCGCGGCCGUCAGCCGACCCCAGCACUCCGUUGACCCCCCUGCCCUCCCGCCGCCACCGCCCCCCGCACCGCACCGCACCGGAUGACGCGCAGCACCGCGGCGCGGUACCGCAGCGGCUCCGCCUGCACGUGCGGGUUGCUCAGCGCGCGCCGCAGGUCGCGCAGCGCCUCCUCGCCGCCCAGGUACGGCAUGGCCGCCCGCCGCUCCGCACCGCCCCGCACCGCGCAGGCGCCGCCCCUCCCCUCCCGCGCAUGCGCGGUACCGCGCGCCGAAUUCGGCGGGAAAGCGGCGGGGGCGUUGCCGUCGUCCGCGCGCUCCCCGCAGCCCGGCGCCAUGAACGGCACGGUGAUCCCCGGCACGCCCAUCGCCGUGGACUUCUGGAGCGUGCGGCGGGCGGGCGGCGCGCGGCUGUUCUUCCUGUCGCACAUGCACUCGGACCAUACGGUGGGGCUGUCCAGCACCUGGAGCCGCCCGCUGUACUGCUCGCCGCUCACCGCCCGCCUGCUGCACCACCGCCUGAAGGUGCCCACGCGCUGGAUCCGCCCGCUGGAGGUGGGGCAGAGCCACGCGGUGGGCGAGGAGGUGACCGUGACGCUGCUCGACGCCAACCACUGCCCCGGCUCCGUCAUGUUCCUCUUCGAGGGCGCCUUCGGCACCAUCCUCUACACAGGGGACUUCCGCUACAGCCCCGCCAUGCAGCGCGAACCGGCGCUGAGCGGCCGCCGCAUCGACCGCCUCUACCUGGACAACACCAACUGCCGCCCGCACGGCGCGCUGCCCUCGCGGAGCCGUGCCGCCCUCCAGGCCGCGCAGCUCAUCCGCCGGCACCCGCAGCACCGCGUCGUCAUCGGUGUGUACAGCCUGGGGAAGGAGGAGCUGCUGGUGGACCUGGCGCUCGAGUUCGGCACGUGGGUCGUGGUGAGCCCCUCCCGCCUGGAGCAGAUGCGGCUGCUGGAGCUGCCCGAGGUGUUCACGACGGAGGAGGGGGCCGGCAGGAUCCACGCGGUGGACGUCGCUGAGAUCCGCUGGGACACCCUCGUGAGCUGGAACGUGCUGCAUCCGACCAUUGCCAUCCUCCCCACCGGCAGGCCUGUGAAGGUCACCCACCCCCAAAUCCACCUCAUCCCGUACUCGGAUCAUUCAUCCUUUUCGGAGUUGUGUGAGUUUGUGAAGUGGUUGAAACCCUGCUCAGUCAUCCCCAUUGUGAAGGGCGACAUGUGCUACGCUUCCUUUCAGGAAUACCUGAGUCCUGACCACCAGGCACUUCCUGGCCUUGGAAUUCCAAAGCCUCUGCAGGUGUCUGUACAGUGGCAGAGCAAAACAAAGAAACAGAAACCCGUGUGUCUUGUGAAAAGAGCUGCCCAGCACUCUGUGCCCAAAGGAGUUGUUUAUGAACCGUUAGAGGAAUAUAUUGAGCAAUCUGAUGGGCUCGGGGGUGUUACAGCUCCUCAGCAGAACUCCCAUGAGUCAGCUUUCUGCUCCCUUGAAGAUGGUAUUUGUUUUUAUGACUGUAAGGAGGAAGAGCUGAGUGGAGAACAGCCAGGAGGAGCAAUGGCAGCUGGCACUGCUGGGCAGUCGCUUGUUUCUGAUGAGGACUUUCCAAGUGAACUUCCAAAGCAAUAUUUACUCACUCCUUUAAAUGCCUUAAAGCAAAGUUCCUUCUGCAAGGCAGUAGAAGACUUAUUUAGUAGGUGGGAAGCGUCCUGAAAAUUGGUUGUCUGUCAGGGCAAAUACAGUUGAUAACAGUGAUUCUGAAAGUCUUAGAACUGCAUCCUUUUCUUUGUGAUCAGGUUUCUCAUCACAGGAGAGGAGCUCAGCUAUGAGGAAUUGUUUUUGUUUCCUCUUAUUAGAGGAAAAAGCGAAUCUAGAACUAAUUUGUAGAUAUCACAUCUGUUUAUUUAUUUUUAUAUCUUUGUAUCUCUUGGGUCCCCAUUCUGUAUUUGGGCAAUGUGGUUCCUCUGCAUCUGAACCUUUAAUCUAUUUCUUGCAUUUAUGUGUCUGCUGUGGCCAGAGCUGCUGCUGGGUUGGUUCAGGUUGAGCAGCAGAGGGCAUGAGCUGCCUGCAGCCUAACUAAUGGGCUUGCAUGUGGUGAAAGAAGCAACAAAGGGGAAUCAGAGUUCUGCAGAUCUUAUUUUACACAUCUGUGCUGCCUUGUUAAUAAGUAUUUAUAAGUACUUCAUUUUAAGAUACGUUACAGAUAUUUAUUAGAUUAUGUUUAAAAACUGGUGCUUAAAGAAAUGUAGAAGAUGAAGUGCCUUUCUAAUUGCUGAAAUACCUCCAGGCAGCACUGCUUUUGAAUCCUGCCAAGUGCAGCUGGAUAAGGUUCUUCUCACCUGAAAGCACUACUUCCAUAUUAAUUGUAAAUACCUUUUUCAGGUUACUGCCUGGAAAAGAUAGGAUUUGUGUGAGUUCUUCCUGGAAUGGAUUGCAGUAUCCUCUUCAGUCUCCAUGCUGAUGCCUCUUGGUGGCCAAGUGCUUCAGGUAGCUAUCAGUAUUCUGCUAGAUUCAUUGCUUGAUCUUAUCAGUCAGUGGUAAAUUGGAUGGAAGACAAUGAAACAUCUUGCUGGUGUAAA